AUGGAGAUCAAGGAUAUGAAGGAACUGAAAUGGCCUGUUAGAAUGAGGUCACCACCCGAAUCUAAGGACAUGAACAAGUACUGUGAGUUCCAUCGGGAUCAUGGGCAUACCACGGAGAACUGUAAGGCCCUGCAACGAGAGAUUGAAGCCCUUAUCAAAAGAGGACUCUUGAGCUCCUACGUCGGUAAUGACAAGCGCCCAAGGAAUGAUCGUGGCAGGGAAAAAGACCCUGAGCCAAAAAGGGAUGGUCAACCCACUGCUGGAACUAUCAAUAUCAUCAUUGGAGAUAUUGCCUCGGGAGGAGACUCCAACAAUGGAAGAAAACAGUAUGCCCGACGAUAUGCCUUGGCCUCUGGGAUGCCUCAUGGAAAGCUGGAGGAUAGCACUUUUGGGACCAGAGACUUAGAAGGCGUAUCAUUCCCACAUGAUGACGCCUUGGUAAUCUCAGCGAUUUUGGCCAAUUUUGAAGUAAAGAGGAUCUUGGUUGACAACGGGAGUGCGGCCAAUAUACUUUCACAAGAAGCUUUUGCUAAAAUGGGAAUCUCAUCUCAGCAGCUCAAAGCGGUUAAAACUCCUCUCCAGGGGUUUGGGGGAGGAGUCAUCACUCCAGAGGGUGUCGUCGAGCUCCCUCUAACUUUGGGUUCUGGCCAGAAACAGGUUACGGAGAUGACAUCCUUCCAAGUGGUACGUGUCUCAAUGGCCUAUAAUGCUAUUCUGGGGAGACCACUCCUGAACAAAAUUAAAGCCAUUGUGUCUACCUUCCACCUGGCCCUGAAGUUUCCAACAAGUAAUGGCGUUGGGGUCGUCCGUGGAGACCAGACAGCUGCCAGACAAUGCUAUGUUGCCAGCGUUCGGGAAAUAAAUAACGACGUCAUGCAAAUCUCGAGGAUUGAUCCCGAGGACGGGCAACAAGUCAGACUUGCCCCUGUCGAAGAAUUGAUGGAAAUUGAGCUCGAGCAUGAUAAGAAGGUGACUAUUGGUCGGGAUCUUGACGUCGCCCUAAAGACAGAACUUGUUGGUUGCUUAUCUCGCAACAUUGACGUUUUUGCCUGA